AAUGACAGGAAUCUUACAAGGAAACCUGCGUAGGUGCGAGGCAGCCCAGCUGCUUAUAUCACAGACAGCGAAGGAACGAAACGUAGACAUACUGAUACUGAGCGAGCAACUGUGGGACUUACGAGAACAGGACGGCUGGUUCUCGAAUACCCUCGGUACGUCGGCCAUAUGGGUCAAAGGCAAACCGGCUAGGAGAAUACAAGCGUCUGGCAGGGGGGAAGAUUACGCGUGGGUGAGGGUAGAUUCCGUCACCUACGUUAGCGUAUAUUUGACCCCAAACUGCACGAUGGCAGUGUACGAGGAAAAAGUCGGUAAGCUGGAAGACGCCCUCACAGGUCUCCCGGGUGACUUUGUCGUCGCGGGAGACAUGAACGCGAGAGCGGUCGAGUGGGGUAUGACAACGACGGACAAACGAGGAAGACUGCUUCUGGAAAUGGCCGCAAGGCUUGAUCUGGUAGUGGUCAACCAAGGGACGACAACGACCUAUAGACGACCGGGCUUCGGAUACUCAAUACCCGAUGUGACGAUGACGUCAGACAGGAUCUCGUCGCGGAUAAGAGGAUGGCGGGUGACCGAGGACUAUACAGCCAGCGAUCAUCAGCACAUCGUCUUUGAGAGAGCUGUUUGACAAACUGCUAAGGGAGGCACCGUUACCCGCCGAGUCUGUCCCGGCAGAGCUUGGUCUGCGGGAGCGUGCCGAAUGGAUAACGGACAAGACAACGGAACUGAUAACGGAACUGUGCGACGCCACGAUGACUCGACGCAAGGGCCGAACACACAAACGAGCAAUGUACUGGUGGACGGACGAGAUUGGCCUCCUCCGUGGGGAAUGCAUUGCCUGCCGCCGGAGGAUGAACCGCGCACGGAAAAAGAGCAGACCAGACGCGGACGAACUAUCGACAGCGUACAAGAUGGCACGUAAGAGACUGACCACUAAAAUAAAGGACAGU